CGAAAAACGCACAUUCUUGAAAACAACUCUAUUCACCCCCCUCUAGAGUUGCACAUUUGUCUAACAAUUGGUAUCGGAGCAGGAAGUUCUUCGAAUACGUUAUUUUUCAGGAACCAAAAGAUCAAAUGGCAUCAAGAAUGUUCAACGCAAGAGUGAACGAGGGACAAUCAACCACGAGGCCACCGUUGUUCGAUGGAACCAACUACUCAUAUUGGAAGGAGAGGAUGAGAAUCUUUAUCCAAUCCAACGACUACAAGCUGUGGUUGAUUGUGAAGAACGGCUGCGGAGUCCCGAUGAAGAAAGUCGGUGAAGUCAAUGUUCCCAAAACCGAAGAAGAGUUCACCGACGAAGAUUGCAAAAAGAUGGAGCUUAACGCCAAGCCAAUAAACAUGAUUUAUUGCGGUGUUAACGCGGAUGACUACCGCAAAAUCUCGCGGUGUGAAACCGCAAAACAAAUGUGGGAGAAAUUGGAGGUCACCUACGAAGGAACCGCGCAGGUUCGGGAGGCCAAAAUUGACCAUCUCACUCACGAGUAUGAACUCUUUUCAAUGAAGGAAAAUGAGAAGAUUGAGGAAAUGUUUGAGAGAUUCUCUAACAUCAUCAAUCCCCUCAAUCUUCUCGGGAAGACAUACACCGACCGAGAGCUCGUGGUUGAAGAGAGGAACAAGAGGUCUAUUGCUCUACCCACAACAACAUCAACCCACAACAACGUUGAUGAUGAAGAUGAUGACAGCGACGACACCGACCUCGGACUCUUUGUCCGAAAAUUCAAGAAGAUGAUGCUCAAGAAGGGAGCCAAGAAGAACACUCCACCCAAAUUCUAUGGGUGUGGUGAAAUUGGACACAUCAAACCAAUGUGCCCAAAGCUCAAGAACGAGAAGGACAAGAAGGCACCGAAGAAGCAGCGUGCCUACAUUUCUUGGGAGAACGACGGCUCCGGGAGUGAAGACUCGGAAACGGAAGAAGUGGCCAACUUGUGUCUCAUGGCCAUUGAAGAUGGUGAUACAUCAAAAGAGAGGAAUAAGAAGAGUCUUGGAAUUGGCUUCGUCGUCCUCGUCGUCAUCCUCGACGUCCAUGGGAUCGCCGUCGACCGCGUCCUCAAAGUCAACCUCGUCGGGGGAGGAGGACGGAGUGUAGGAGUCGUCGUCCUCAUCCUCGCCUUCAAAGUUUUGGCUGAGAAUGGUGCUGUCGAAGGGCGGCGGGACGUAGUUGAUGCCUCGGAAGAACGCCGUCAUGUCGGUGAUGUUGGCGUUGCAACGUCCCGUCCAUCCUCUCCAAAGCGAUGUGUGGCUGCCAUCCCGGGGGCGGAGGAUCCGGGUGAGGAUGUAGAGGAGGAGGCGCUUCUCCGGUGGGGCCGAGUUGAUUAUCGGCGCGCCGCUGUGGUGGAUGAGGUUGGUGAUCCCGAGCUCUUGAAUGACCACCGCCUCAUUGUUGAGGAUCCAAUCAUCGCCACUGUACGUCGUGAUGUUGUCACCGCGGAUGGGCAGCCCUACGACCCGAGCAAAGGUAGGCUAAUCAAUCUCUAUGUCGUAGAGAUUGAUGCUACUGCGGAUGGUGUCCCCGUCACGUCGGAGAUUUGAGUAGAAGGCCCGGACAUAGGCGGGAUUGUAGGAGGUGCGGCUCUUGGAGACGAAGGGCCACAAACCCGACGUUUGGAGUUGGUUGUCGAGGUCGUGGUACCCCUUUUGUUGGGGGAACAACUCCGGGAGCACCCGAGGCAGACAGAUCAGGCGUUUGGCAAAGUGCGUGAGGAACCGGGUGAGUUCCUCCUCGGAGCCAAACUCGAGAAAAGAUCCGUCCAUGUAGGGAAACGGCGGGGGCGCAGAGCUUGAGGCUUCGACGGUGCUUUUCUUCUUGGAAGCUUUGCUCUUGGACUUUCCUCCGAUCAUGAUUGAAUCGUUCAUGAAGAAAGAGUGAUGAAUUAUGCAAAAAUAGGCUAGAGGAAUGAAAUAUGGAUGUUAAU